AAUUAAUAAACCUUUAAAGAUUCUAAAACAGAUAUUCGUGAACUAUUAAUCAGAAUAAUUGACUCACGAUCUAUGCGUAAUCUAUUAGCAUAAUCAAUUACGCUUUCAAUUAAAACUUGGAAAUUUUACGACUACAAAUAACAGUUAAAAUUGAACAAAAUUACAUUAACAAUAAUACGGAAAAUCCAAUGCAUUUCAUCAUGUUCAAUAGCACGUUAGUCGUGUUAGAAAUAAUUAUGAUUAAACUGUACAUUCUUCCACUUCUGUUGCGUAACCAAUGGUACGUCAUACCGUACAUAUAUAAGAAAGAUCGUCUCAGUGCAUCAACAGUCAACCGUUAAAUCUCGACGCGUAAUAUUGUGUGUCCUUAUAUAAACUGCGCACUUAGUGAAACAUCAAUAGUAAAAAUCGAAAACUAAUUUUCAUGUACAAGAACAACUACAUGGUGUAAACUAACACAACAAAAUAGUUUUUCUUAUUAAUAUGGUAUACAUAAUCGCUCUAUCGGUGAUAGCGGGUGCACUAGGCAUCUAUUAUUUCCUUCUGAAGGAUUUGAAUUUUUUUAAAAAGCAUGGAAUACCGCAUAUCAAGCCGCUUCCUGUAGUUGGUAAUAUGGGUCCAUCGCUCUUUCGUCGUCAAUCGGUAGCAGAUCUUGUCAAAUCGAUAUAUGAUCUAAAUCCAGACGCCAAAUAUGUCGGUCUGUAUGAUUUAACCACACCACUGACCGUGAUUCGCGACCCCGAGCUUAUUAAAUCUAUUACGCUGAAACAUUUCGAUACGUUUAUGGAUCAUAUAGCCUUUGUUGAAGAAACUCAAGAUCCAUUAUUCGGCAAGAAUCUUUUUUCUCUUCGCGGGGAAAGAUGGCGGCAAAUUCGAUUUUUAUUGAGCCCUGCUUUCACAUCCAGCAAAAUGAAAAAUAUGUUUAAGCUCAUGUCAGAUUGCAGCGCUAAGUUUGGCAAUUAUUUGGCACAAUUACCACCCGAGCAGAAAACGAUGGAAACGAAAGACGCCUUUACUAGAUACACCAGUGAUGUAAUCGCCACAUGUGCUUUUGGCAUCACCGUUGAUUCUAUGAGAAAUCCAAACAAUGAAUUUUAUGUGUACGGCAAAGAAGCAACCACUUUUGACAGCAUCGCUCUUUUAAAGUUUUACAUAUUUAGAAGUUUGCCUUGGCUGGCACGAGUACUUCGAUUGAGAUUCAUUCGUGAAAAAAUAGCAAAUUUCUUCGGAGACCUUGUGAAAGAUACGAUAAAAACCAGGGAUGAGAAAGGUAUCGUUCGACCAGAUAUGCUGCAGUUGAUGAUGGACAACAGAGCUAAAGAGAACAAGACAGAACUGAGCAUCGAAGACAUGGUGUCGCAAGCGUUUAUUUUCUUUUUCGGCGGCUUUGAAACCACUUCGACUUUAAUGUGCUUUGCCGCACAUGAAAUUGCAGUGAAUCGAGAUAUACAAGAAAGACUUCAAACUGAAAUCGAUCAAGUCUUGGAAGAGACGAAUGGGCAAGCACCUUACGAAGCUGUGAACAAUAUGGAAUACUUAGAUGCUGUCAUCUACGAGGCUCUCAGAAGAUAUCCGGUUGUGGUGGCAUUAGACAGAAUAUGCAUGAAAGACUUUGAACUACCACCUACCUUACCAGGAAUAAAACCCCAUACUAUAAAAAAAGGACAAGGCAUAUGGAUACCAGUUUAUGGACUUCAUCAUGAUCCUAAAUAUUUCGAGGAGCCAGAAAAAUUCGAUCCCGAGCGUUUUCUUGGAGAGCGAAAGAAUGACUCUCUCCAUUGCGGAGCUUAUCUGCCUUUCGGAUUGGGUCCCAGAAUGUGUAUAGGUAACAGGUUCGCAUUGUUAGAAACAAAGGUUCUUCUCUUUCAUCUGCUGGCACGUUGCGAUCUGAAAUCUUGCGAGAAGACACCGAUACCGCUCAAAAUCGCUAAAGACGGUUUUAAUAUGAAACCUGAAGGAGGCUUCUGGCUAAGUGUGGUACCAAGGCAAAAACCGCAGUAACACUGUCGUAAUUAAUGAAACACAUUAAUCAUAAAGCAGAAGACAACAAACAUAAAGCAUGGCACUGAUUUUUGAUAAAAAGAUUUGUGUUAUUUGAA